CGUGUGUUAUGCAUAUAUUCAUUAUAUAUCAUUUAUCACACUGAUCUGCCGACUGACGGUGAGCUGUAAUGCAACUCGAUAAAUGACCAAGUUGAACAUCUUUUGUAUCAAACUGUGUGUUCACUAAACACAGCGUUCGAGGUACAAAUCUGUUUUUUCAUUCAGAAGCAAAUGUCAAAGUCGUGUUGUAUCAGUUUUGUUUGCUUUUAUUUCUUUAAUCUUCUAAUUGUCGUCGUAUAUUUUGGUUGUUCUAAGUAAAGUGUUGGCUUGAAAGGAUCGACAGAGGCGACCGCAAGUAAUUGUGGGGAUUUAUUAUUCAUUAAUGGCAACCAAUACUGUCAUUUCCUUUUAAUGUAGACUCUUCGAUGUUUGGUUUGGCGAUCAUGCAAAAGUAUUGCCAAUAAAGCAUGCAUUUGUGACUACCAUGUAGUUAUUUGAAAACACAUAUAUUAUAUUUUACAUCUCUGUUUGAACGCCUAUAUUGUUGUCUAGUUGAUUCAGGUACAGGAUGGCCGGUUUCUUGUAGUCUAGUAAUUACCAGCUUUCCGGGCUAUCUUGUCUGAGGCUGGCCAUCCUGUAAUUCCAACACAAUCUCGUGUUCUAUUACUAAUGACGUGAAACUCCGUAGCAGGAGAUCAAAUUCUAUUCCCAGUUUCUGAUUUGGUAAAAUGCGACGUCUGAGAGUUAUUCGCCCUUCGCCUCUCUUGCAACGAGUGAUAACGAAAUAGGAUCGAAUUCCGUAUGAAAUUAAAGAAAUAUUUUGCUUUGUACUGUUUGCCUUAUAAGUCAUUAUUAGGUUGUAUUGUUAGAAAUAGGGACUGCGUUGUUAACGCUUUGCRGAAUAUCAUAUUUUUGAGAACAGCACGAGACUGGAAUAGUAAAAGUCACCUUGACGGCGAGUCUCUGUAUACUCGUCGAGAACACAGUGCAAAUACGCACUCAUUCCAUCUUUACCGCUAAUCAUCAAGAGGAAACAUUCAAGCAUAAAAACCCACACAUGUCUGGAAACUCAAAACAGUUGCGUUUCUCGGAAAGAGGAAACGCUCAGUGAGGGGGAACAUUAACUAUUCCGGACCGGUCCGUUUUGAAACGACGUAGUCAAAUUCCUUUCUAUUCGGCCUUUUGACUUUUUCAUGAUAGAAAUCGUCCUGCUUAUUGAGAUAACUUUACAUUCAAGUGAUCAAGAAUUUAAUGACAUUGUAAUUCGCCGGAUAGUUUUCUCCAAUUUUUCUCACAAGUCGUGACCAAUUGGCAAACCAGACGCGUCAUGACUUUGCAUUACGACUUGCUUUCGACGCGAUGUCUGACGCCAUUGCUAUGACGUCAUAGUUACCACGCUCUGAGAUUGUCAUAGCAACUGUGUAAUUAUAGCGGAGAGCUGUYUUGUUUCCGGUUUAUGUCUAUAGGUAGGGCAAUAGUAUAUAUGACGGGUAUUUAAUAGUAUUGCGAUCAGUACACGUCUCUCUGUUAAGUAGAUUAUCAACAGCAAGUCAUGGUGGUUUUGAACUGAACACAUGCUUUAACAUAUAAGCCUAGUUUAAAAGCGAUAUAAGAUUGAGAACAAAGACACAUCUGUUCCGUCUUCAAGCCGAACAGCUCGCCAUCAUCGCUCCACUUGGGAGAUAGAAAAGAAACACUCGGAUAGGAUAUCAUCAAUAUUAAAGAACCAAGAAGCAGAGAUUACAAGAGACAAUGGAUACUACCGCUCUACCUUUAUCAACAAAUAUAUCCAACGCGACUAACGCGACAAGUUCUGCGAUGAAUGCUGUAUUUGUGGAGAGUAUAUACUCAAGGGUAUUCCGUCUGUUUAUGUUUACAGUGUCUGGGUUAGUGUCAUUGGUUGGAAACACCAUGGUGAUCUAUAUCACGUACAAUAAUAAAUUCAUGCGAACUUUUGCUUAUUUUCUGAUUGCAAACUUAGCUGUAUCUGACGUGUUGUCGACACUUAUUCUACCAUUCAUGGUGUUUUAUUUGGAAAUAGGAAAAUGGACUUUCGGUGAAACACUUUGUAAGAUUCURAACCCGUGUUUUACCGUCUUUGCUGUCGUCACAACCAACACACUUGUCGCUAUUGCCUGUGACCGCUUUCGCGCUUUAUUAUUCCCAUUCAAGCUGAAACCCUCGACUUCAGAAACAAGACUUAUCCUUGCUAUCAUUUGGUUGUUAGCAUUUUUAGUGUCUUUGCCAAGCUUCGGGUCCAGAACUAUAGACGCACAAGGAUAUUGUUUGGAGAUUUAUUCAAAUGAUCCWCAAGAACACCAACUUUAUUUGCGUAUCUAUACGGUCUUCCUUUUCCUCUUCAACAAUUUCAUUCCUUUGGUGGUGAUACUGUAUCUGUAUAUCAGAAUUACAAUGGCUUUGAAACACAUUUCUUUCCGGCCUCAGACUUUCCAGCUAAAUAGGCCAUCGUCCCUMGCAGGUCGAGAGAGCCCGGGAUCCAGUCCUAGAAACUCAGUCGUGCUAAGGAACGCCAACGUGGCGUCUGCUAACAAAAGACAAAAAAUGGAGUCYAAAUUCAUCCGAAUGCUGGCCAUGGUGGUUUUGGUGUUCUUYUUUUGUUAUGUUCCGUUUCAAGUGUUUUUUCUACUUUACACUUUUAUUGUGUUGCCGAUGGACUCUCCCACGUACUAUGCAAAUAACUACUUGUUUCUUUUAAUGUGGAUUCCCAAUUCUAUUAACCCAAUAUGUUAUGCUGCUCUCAACGAACGCUAUGCAAAAGCCUUCAAGAAAAUUCUUGGUAAAACAUAUAACAAUGUCAAGAGACUGGGAACUAGUAUGCCUUCCCCUAAAAGUACGUACUCAGUAGGYCUAUCGCGACGGAAGUCCUCACCAAUCUCUGUGUGARCUACUGGCAACUCUCAAUCGAUCACUUUGAGCUUGUAUGUGAAAAGGUUUCCGUUGUUAGGCACUAAGUAAGCUCAUGAAGACUAGCUCUAUAACCCACGUGGUCACAAAGCGACGUAAAACCGGACGCGACCAUUAUUCACUAGAACUCGCCAGACUGAAUAGACUUUCCUGUCUACUUAAUAGUAAAGGAUAACUCGUCUGACUUUGACUCUACGGCACGCUCAUGAAUAAGUAUCUAAAAGUGUGGUUAAGCAUAAAAAUGACUAUUACUGCUACAAACUGUUAUUUAUUCUAUAAAUGUUUAUCACGAGUGCAGUAGACACCAUGUGGUGUCAAAGCAGKUUCAUCUGGAGGACAAAACAAAAGAUUUUUGCUCUCUUGGGAACUAGAAUUCAUUGUUUUGUCUUCCAGUUGGAGCCGAAUUCCCAUGAACUGCAAGGGCUGUAAAGUAUUAUUUAAAAAUCGUCAGUUUUGUGAUGGACGUGAUUCGGUUUAGUAUCCAGUAAUGAACAUUAAAAUCAAUAACGCGUGUAAAUUCGGCAGAAUUUAAUUGCUCUAUCGCAUAAUGACGUCAUAGCAUGUUUAUAGUCGGAAUAAAUGACCGGAAACUAUGAAUAUUUGGACCUAUUUACAUUCUUUCCCUGAAUUUUAUCCAGUUUUGAUAUGUUCGAAUUUCCAUGUAUCAAUGAUUGCUCAUAUUCUUUGAUAUGCAGUCAUUCUGUUCCCUCUGGCGUCCAUAAUGGUUAAUAUGUUUCGGUGUGACGUAAUUAUGCCACAGGGCAACUCGAGGUUAAUAGUUGUAUUUAGCCUUCAUUGUGUUUUCGGUGUUGUGUACAAGAGUGAUGAAUAAAAUAUCAGUGUUUUAAUCGAGA